AUGAUGACGCAUGUGGGCGUGUAUGCGUUAGACCGUUCCCUUUUUGUGGCCGUGCAAUGGCGGUGGCUGAUCAUUGAUGAAAUAAGCAUGGUCAGCGCUGAGCUGCUGGCAAGAAUGGAUUUACGAUGCCGAGAGCUAGUGCGCGAUCUAGCGCAGAGCAAGUACGCCCCGGGCAGCGCACACGCGCAGCCCUUCGGAGGGUUGAACGUACUAGUGGCAGGUGAUUUAUGGCAAUUGCCACCACCACGCGGAACCUUUUUGGGGGAAGUGCCUUGGGAAAUGCUGACCAAGGGGAGCAGCAAAAAAGUCGCCCACACCGUGCAUGGGCAAAAGCUUGUGUGGGGCUCGCAGACGGAGAACAGCAUCAUCCACGGCAUCACAGAACUCGAGCAAUGUGAGCGCACGCGAGACACAUGGCUGCAGACGCUGCAGCAGCAGAUUCGGGAAGGUGCCUUGAGCGCCGACAAUCACGCCUUCCUCCAUGGGCACGACACAGGUGUCCCGGGAAGUUGGUCUGGCGAAAAAUUGGACUGCGAAAACGCAGCGUGCCAGCAACUGCUGCAGAGGAAAGUCGUCCCUGCUCGCAUUCGCAGACUCGAGUGCAAGCAAUGCCAGCACGAACGCGCCUCGAAAAAGCGAGUGUUGGAAGGAAACAUGAGGGGUGAUGAGCAAAGGAAGCUAGAGCAAGCAAAGGCUGUGUUUGCGACGAAUGCGGUGAAGUACCACGUCAACAAGCUGCGGGCGCUAAACUGGGCACGCCAGCACGGGCAGGCGGUCAAAUAUGCCAUUGCAAAAGACACAAUUUCCAGCCGGGCGUUGCAAGAAAAACCGGACUUGGGCAAAGACAAGUUGACAUGGCUGCAACGUCACGAUCAGGACUGUGGCGGGCUGUACGGGGUUUUGCCCUUGUGCAUCGGCAUGCCGGUCACGGCAACCGAUCACUUGGAUCGCCGCAGAGGCAUACUGAAGGGAUGUCCGGGCACAGUUGUUGGAUGGAGCUGGCAUGAAGCAGCGGGCGCCGCAGCAGGGAGUACGACACAGAUUUGGAAUGAGCUCCCAAGUUGUGUCUUUGUCCGGUUCCAGACCAAGUCAGAGUGGCGAGUGCAGGGGCUGGCCACGGACAACGUGUUUCCGGUGACGCUCCAACGGCAAGCGUGGCAUCUGGACAAAGGCCGAAAGCGGCCCAUGCUGCGGGUGGUGCGACGGCAAUUUCCGUUGGCACCCGGGUUUGCCACCACGGCGCACGCAGCGCAGGGCCAAACUUACGCAGAAGGGGCAGUCACGGACAUGCAGAUCGGCGAAGGCGGAGACCCGCUGACCGCAUACAUCGCUGUGACGCGAGUGAAAGAUAGACACGGGUUACACAUAUACAGACCAUUCGAUGCUGCACCCUAUCAGAAAGGACGCAGCGUAGGGAGAGCUUUGCUGUUGCAGGCCUGGCGCGGAGAGAGCAUUGACUGGGCAACGUUGCGCAUGCGGCACCGCGAGGAGGAAGUGUGUAGCGAGUGCCGCGAAAGCAAACCCAGAAGCGGGUACAGCGCCGGGCAAUGGAAACGGGACGCGGACGCACGUGUGUGCAGAGAAUGCGUGCGCAACUACGCGGCCAACAACACGCCCUGGCAAUGCAACAGUUGCAAGGCAUGGAAGCACGAAGACGCCUUUGCUAGAAUGUACACGCGCCCCGCAUGCACGUUCUACCGCGUGUGCCAGACGUGCGAGGCACAGAAGCGGUGCUACAAGUGCGGUACGGCCAAGCCGGAAAGUGCAUUCGGGGCGGCCGCGUGGACAGGGCGCCAUGCACACCGACGUGUCUGCAGGGACUGCGCCAUGAAAGUGAAGGGUGCAUGGCGCUGCGCCGUGUGCGCGGAACGUAAGGCGUGCAAUGACUUCAGCGCCUGGUCCAGGCAGCGCACUGCGCCGCAAAACGGAACGCAGCGUUGCAACGCUUGCGUCCUCAGCGCGGCCCAGCGCGCAGCAGCGCAGCACGCAAACGACGGACGUGCGCGGUGCAGAGGACGGCCUGCCCGGGCGGAUGCACCGGUCGACAGCUGCCACGGGCAGCGGUGGCCACGAAGUGUCGCUCAUAGAGCCAUACGGCGCCUGGCUGCGACGCGGACGAAAGUAGCCGAAGAAAAGAGACAGCAAGUCAUAGGUCUUGUACGGGAAGAGAUCGCUGACCAUGUGCGACAGAAGCAAGCCGAGGAUGAGGUGCUCUUUCCCCGGGCGCAGGAGCCGAACCGGAGCAAAGAAAGCCAGACGGCUCAAAGCAAGACGGAACCGGAGGCACAAAGGCUCUCCACAGACAGCAUGCCGUCGCGCAAACGCCGCAUGGAACCACGACAAGACAAGCGCGCACAGCCGACGCCCACCAAGACCCAGCCCCGCACUCAGACAAUGCAAGUAGCACAGGCAGAGCCUGCAGCGAAGUGUGCAGAAGACGUGUCGGUGAGCAGCCAAGCCAGGACAGCGCCUCCGCCACAACGAAAGUCGCAGGCAAAGCCGCAACAAGCGACGCAAGCCACCCCGACCGUCGCGCAGACGACAAACGCACCGCCGGCAAAGUUGGCUGGACAGACGGCCGCCGCGGAAACGUUCCAAUAUGCGUGUCCGUUUUGUGAGGUGUCUGUGACCAGCACUGUGCGCACAGGCCAAGUAGAUCACCGCCGUGUGUGCGGGAAGUUGUUUCGUGUCAAAGACGGACACGUUGCCGCCAAGAACUUAGUCUAUGCGUGUCCAUUUUGCAAUGGAACUGUGGCGAGUAACGUGAGGACAGGGCGGGUAGAUCACCGAACCGUGUGCGGCAACCGAUUCCAUGUGAAAGAAGGCACGGUUAGCACACAGACGCGGCAGCAUGAGGUGCUCGCUCCCCGGGCGCAGGAGCCGAAUCGGAGAAAAGAACGCCAGAUGGCGCAAAGCAAGACGGAACCGGAGGCACAAAGGCUCUCCACAGACAGCCUGCCGUCGCGCAAACGCCACAUGGAACCACAACAAGACAAGCAAGCACAGCCGACGCCCACCAAGACCCAGCCCUGCACACAGACAACGCAAGUAGCACAGGCAGAGCCUGCAGCGAAGCGUGCAAAACACGUGUCGGUGAGCAGCCAAGCCAGGACAGCGCCGCCGCCACUACGAAACUCGCAUGCAAAGCCGCAACAAGAGACGCAAGCCACCCCGACAGCCGCGCAGACGACACUCGCACCGCCGGCAAAGUUGGCUGGACAGACGGCCGCCGAGGAAAUCUUCCAUUAUGCGUGUCCUUUUUGUGAGGUGUCUGUCACCAGCACUGUGCGCACAGGCCAAGUAAAUCACCGCCGUGUGUGCGGGAAGUUUUUUCGUGUCAAAGACGGACACGUUGCCGCGAAGAACUUAGUCUACGCGUGUCCAUUUUGCAAUGGAACUGUGGCAAGUAACGUGAGGACAGGGCAGAUAGAUCACCGAACCGUGUGCGGCAACCAGUUCUGUGUGAAAGAAGGCGAUCGUCCUGAGGAGUUCUAUGCCCUGUCCACCAGCGAACAGGCUGAUCGAGUAUGGCAGGGAUUGUUUGUGGGCGGCUCGAGGCUGUCAGCCUUGGGCUUGCAGAAGGAGCUUGCACGACGCGACCUCGAUGCCAUCCGUCGCUGGCGCCCACGUGGGCAAGAAGGUACUGUGGACAGGAUGCAGUGA